AUGGCUGUAUAUCCCACAUGCAUCAAUCUCACUUCUCUUGUGAAUGAUUGUUCUUCAGGAUUUGUUCAGGAGGAAAGCUCUUCCAGUAGUGGAACAGAUUCCCUAAGCAGUGGAGAGAUUCCACGAAGCCGGUCAGAGGGGACUUUGAUUGAUGUGGAUGACCGGACACCUUCAGACAGCUACAAUACCAAUGAAAGUAAAUUGGAUUUGGAUAUUGACUGGCCUGGUGUAUUCAAACAUGCCCAAGGUGUUUCCAAGACUAAUCCUUUCUGGAAUGAACUGUCGGGAUCCAACCCUUUUGUACAUGACAUAGCUGCUUCCAAUAGAAAUGAAAAUAAUAAACGUCUUUCUAUCUUAAAGGAAAAACCUUACUUGUUCUCUAAAAUUUCUAGCAAUAGGGACUCUUUGGAUUCCUCAGGUGACGAGCUGAAUAUUGAUUGUCUCCUAAGAAAGACUUCAGUAAGAAGAUCUGGACGAUCCAAGAGUGUCUCUGACUUCCUGGAUAUAGUUGAUAACCAAAGAUUUAAUCCUCACAAGACAGCGCCUCAAAAAACUACAGCUUCUGAUAUGACAUGGCUUCAAAAUGACCGCGAAGCCUACAGGAUGGCUUGGCUGAGUCACCGACAGCUCACCCGGUCCUGCCUGGAUUUAGAAGCCAUGAGCCACAGCCCUGGAUGGGCACAAACACAAGCUACAGACAUUCACGUAGUUUGUAAACUGAACCACAAAGGGGGUUCAGUACAGCUACCUGACUCGGAUAUCAACAUUCAUGUCCCUGUGGGUCAUGUAUCACCAGGAGAAUUCCAAGAAGUUGGUUUAAAGGCUAUCCUUAACCCUCCAUUGUCGUGCAACAAUGAGCUGUCCAGCACAGUAAGUCCCCUGAUAGAACUUACAUUGAGCAACCUCAACACGAGUGAAGCCAUUUUCCUAGAAGUGAAAGUUGCGGCUAAAGUGAAGAGCGAUCCACUCAGCCAAGUUAUGAGUGAUAUUGUGUGUUUUUUUAGUCUCAACAAAGAAGGACCUUUUAAGAAGUUAGAGAAUUGCUAUAUUUAUCAAGAUACCAUACAAGUGAAGCUAACAGACCUAAGUCAUGUGAUGUAUGCAGUAAUUGCUGUACAAGCAAGCAAAAUCCAGCCUCCAGCAACUAAUGUGUGGGACUAUGUCCAUAGAACAGUCUCAGUUGGAAUUUAUGGUCCCAAAUAUAUUCAUCCAUCUUUUACAGCAGUUUUUACAGUCUUUGGUCAUAACUACAUUCCAGGAAAACUCACGAUUUGUGAUAUAAAAAAAGGGGGGAAAAGUAUGCCUCCUGUGGUAUUUCAGCUGUGGGGAAAGCAUACAUUCCUGCUUGAAAAACUGCAAGAUCUAAACAUUUCUUUGAUAUCCUGUGAUCCAGACUUUCAAGUAAAAAUGGAAGAUCAAAGCAAAAAUAUUAAAAAGGAGGAGUUGAAAACUGGUGAAAUGGUGCGCCAACAAUUCCUGUUUUCCAUGCUUGGAUGCAGGGAGAUGCAUUUCUUUGUUUUCCUUGUUCAGAUUAAAAUCUUGAAAAGCAGCCAAGUAACACAGUUCCACGUUACAACUCCUGAUCCUGCUCCAAAAUUAAGUGGAAUUAUUAAUAGGCCAAAACACCUACAAAACCGCAAAGAAAUCAAGUCUGCACCAUGGCUUUUGAUACCAGCAAUAAAAUAUCCAAAGUUUCAAGACAAAACUUUGAGUGUCAAUACUUAUGGAGUGGCUUUGAAAACUGUGUUACGCCAAAAUAAGAUCGACUAUUUGCUGGAAUAUUUUAAAGGAGACACAAUAGCACUGCUUGGUGAAGAUAAAGUUAAAGCCAUUGGACAAACUAAAAUGAAAGAGUGGUAUGUGGGAGUUCUCAGAAAAAAGAUUGGUCUUGUACACUGCAAAAAUGUAAAAGUGAUUUCCAAAGAACAAGCUAUGGACACUGCUGACAGUGAGCUAACAACCAGGAAUCUUGUUGAACAAAUUGCACUGCCUUUCAAAAAAUUGACUUAUAUCUACUCAGUAGUUCUGUCUACAGUAUCAGAGAGUGUUUAUGACUGGAGAGCUUUAGCUGAGGUGUUGGGAUACUCACACAUGUCUUUGGAUGACUUUAAUGAGGCACAUAUUGAUAAAGAAUCAGAAAGAGUUGCGCAUGUGGUGAAGAAGAUGAAGCAAGACUGCCAUGCUAACAAAAAAAAAAGACUAUUUCUUUAUGAACUCAUUGUUGCACUUUUGAAAAUAGAUUGCCAGGGAUUAGUGGCACGUCUUACCCAGGACACCAUCAUCUUGACUUCAGCUGUCAAGCUUGGCAAAGGCUGGCGAGAGCUUGCGGAGAAGCUAGCCCGACUCACAAAGCAGCAAAUAGAGGCUUAUGAAGUGCCCCACCAGGGGAAAAAUGGAGCAGUGGCUCUGGAGAUGAUGUGGAAACCUGCAUAUGACUUUCUCUACACUUGGGCUGCCCAUUAUGGAGAUGGUUACAGGGACGUCUUACAAGACCUGCAAUCAGCCUUGGAUAAAAUGAAAAACCCAGUAACAAAACAGUGGCGAGAGUUAACUGGAGCUCUGAUUCUUGUGAACUGCAUGGAGGUGUUAAGGGCAAGUGCCUUCUCCAAAAUGGAGGAAGAGUAG